CACUUAGCCAAAUUACAGAGUCAUCUUCUCCCUCCUCAAUUCACACACAGUCACACACACUAGAGAUCUAUGGGUGCUGCAAACAAGACUCUAUUGCUAAUUCUCCUACUAUUUUCUGAUCUUUUUGUAUGCGAGAUUCUCGCUGAAGGCGUCACUAAGGAGGAAGCCAAGCAGCUCAGAGAUGAGGUGCGCGAAAUGUUUUAUCAUGCCUUUGAUGGAUACAUGAAGCAUGCAUUUCCACAUGAUGAACUGAAGCCUUUAUCGUGUGGAGGGGAAGAUACACUCGGAGGAUAUGCAUUAACAUUGAUUGAUUCAUUGGACACACUGGCUUUGCUUGGUGAUCGAGAGCGCUUUUCUACAUCUGUUGAAUGGAUUGGUAAAAAUCUUCGAUUUGAUAUUAAUAAAACAGUAUCCAUCUUUGAGACUACAAUAAGGAUACUUGGAGGCCUUCUUUCUGCUCAUCUUAUUGCAAGUGAUUAUAACACGGGCAUGAGAAUACCCUCAUAUGAGGAUGAGUUGCUUCAUUUGGCUGAGGAUUUAGCUCGUAGAAUGUUGCCUGCGUUUGAUACUCCUACAGGAAUCCCUUUUGGGUCAGUAAAUCUAAUGCACGGUGUAGAUGAGAAUGAAAGCAAGAUCACAUCAACAGCUGGUGGUGGGACCCUGACAUUGGAAUUUGGGAUGCUUAGCCGUCUGACAAAUGAUCCGAUUUUUGAGGAAGUCACAAAGAAUGCAGUUCUAGGACUAUGGGCUCGUCGUUCAAGAAUCAACUUAGUUGGUGCUCAUAUCGAUGUUUUUUCUGGAGAAUGGACUCAAAAGGAUGCUGGAAUAGGAACCAGUAUAGACUCUUUCUAUGAGUAUCUACUCAAGGCUUAUAUAUUGUUUGGAGAUGAAGAGUACCUUUUCAUCUUCCAAGAAGCUUAUAGGGCUGCAAUGUUAUAUCUUCAUAAUGAUCCUUGGUAUGUGGAGGUGAAUAUGAAUUCUGCUGCCCUCGUUUGGCCAUUAUUUAAUAGCCUGCAGGCGUUUUGGCCUGGCCUUCAGGUUCUAGCUGGGGAUAUCGAGCCUGCCAUAAGAACUCAUGCGGCCUUCUUCAGUGUCUGGAAGCGAUACGGUUUCACUCCAGAAGGUUUCAAUUUGGCCACUUUUAAAGUUCAGCAAGGUCAGAAAAGUUAUCCUUUGCGUCCCGAAUUGAUAGAAAGCACGUAUUGGCUAUACAAAGCUACUCGAAACCCCAGAUUUCUUGAUGCCGGAAGGGACAUGCUUGCUAGCUUGCAAUACGCUGCUCGAUGCACUUGUGGAUAUUGUCAUAUUUCAGAUGUAGAGUUUCACCAGCAAGAAGAUCACAUGGAAAGCUUCUUCUUGGCCGAGACUGUCAAAUACCUGUGGUUGCUAUUUGAUUUAGCUGCUGGUCCAGACAACUUGGUUGAGAAUGGCCCAUACCAGUACAUCUUUAGCACUGAAGGCCACUUGCUUCCGGUGACUCCACAGGUAUCGUUAGUAAGCGAACAUUGUAGCUAUCUCGGAGCAUACUGUAGAAGCAGCAGCUCGAGACACGAAACGUACUUUUCAGACGCUGCAAGGGACUCUGCAGCCACAAAUACCUCAGAAUCUUUCACAAACACAAAUUCAAACACUCUAUCACGCUCCGAUUCCCGAAAGUCGCGCUCCUCAGGAUUGAUCAAGGGAUACUGUCCCGGACUAACUCACGGGCAAAGGUACGGUAUAUCAUACGUUGCUUCGGAUGAUAGUCCCGAGGAGGAGUCAUCGAGCACAAAGCAGGCCGCUGUGGUUCAAAAUUCUUCGACGAUCUUGGUGGUCUCAAACCAAAGUUCGGAUUCUCCAUCGUCAGAUGCUGAUGGGGAUCAUCAUGAUAAUCAUCAUGAACCCGGGGAGGAUCAGAGCGCGCCCCAGCUGGACAACGAAACAUCACAAAUCAUCGAUGUAACAAACGAGGAGGAGGUAUGAUUUUCAGUGGGUUUAUUGUCAACUUCGAAGAUGCUAACUUAAGCCAGCAUGCACGUCGAUUUGCGUUUGGAGAGCUUCACAGAGUCGACUCGUUCGAGAGCUGGAAAAGCUGACGAGGGUCGAGGAAUACGCCUCUAUCUCGCCGGUGAAAGAUACUGACCUUCAAACACUUAUCAAGAACCUGCUAUAUAUACCAUGUAUGUAUGAUAUAUGUUAUUUAAAAUUGAUAGUGAAAUGCAAAUUGCAGAUAGGAGUUAAGCUUCAACUGUACAAGAUAGGCAGACAUAGUUAAAAGGCGAUUGAUUUUACCCCCAUUUUUUGUUUUUUUGCUGUGUUUAUCUAAAUUCAAAAUGGCUUAAGGCUAAUAUAGUUUAAUUAAUGUCA